GGAGGAGGAGGAGGAGGAGGAGGCGUGCCGGCCAACGGGAUUUGUGGAGGGAUGAAUAAGGGUGACUGUCGCGACCCGGAGUAUAGAGGGUGAUAAGCGGAGACGGCGCUGGGCAGCACAGCGAGGGACAUGAGCAGACUGAACAGGCUCAUGUUCUUGAGUUGUCGCUUCCUCGUGCGUCGCUGGGAGCGCUCCAUGAUUAUAGACCAGCGAUAUAAUGAUACGAAAACAAGAGAACGAAUAGAUAGAAGCGUGGUUGCUCACGGGCGACUCGAGCUCCACGCACCGGAAGGUUGGGGCUGACUGCACUUAUCAGUGACGCACCGGGAGCGGAGACAAUGAAAUCACGUGCAUUCCGAGGAACGCGUGACAGGAAGUGGCCGUUGAGGCUUGGAGGCAGCAUCGUCCUCAGCGUCAGCUUCUUUGGUCAGGCGAGGGCUCAGCAGCCAUUACAUGAUGUUGAUGGCUUAUAAAUAACUGAUCUACGUCCUAUCUUUUGCGAAAAGUCCUCCUGUGCCGUCUCAAGUUUUGGAGCCUGUUUCUCGGCAUUUCAGCGGAGCUCCGAUCUUCCUGCGGGGACUGCUGGUGAGCUGGACUACUACCAAAAUAACCUUCGGUUUCCAGACAACAUACCGCUUGCUCCGAAGUCAUGUCCUCCGGGACCUCCGGCGAUGGCCCUGAGAAACCUCGUCUCCACACGACACGCUCGUUUCCCCGGAUGCACAGUUCAGGGACGACAAGCAGUCCGUUCAUUCGAUCAAGAGCGAGAACGGUGCAGUCUGUCGCAAUCCCAGAGGCCGUAGACUCCGAUGCUCUCCCUUUAAGCCUGUCUGGAAAUGAUGAUGGCCGGGAUAGCAGUCCGGAUCUAUUCGAGAAAUCGAGCGCCUCUGGGCCUUCUGUGGAUGAUGGUCCGCACGGUGAGGAAACUUCCGUGCUCUCACGAAACGUACAGCAUCAGCCAGAUGAAUUACCGAUAGAGUUAAUCAGCCUCACCGAUCGAUUCGUCAACUCCUUGAGCGCCAGAGUACACUCCUCCCCACCCACAAUAGAACGAAUAUCAACCCUAUUCCAAGACUUCUACCUCCGAGCGGAAUCCCACAUAGCCACGCAUAUCUCUGCCCUCGCCUCUCGCAUCAACCGCGAUCCUUCGCCAUUACCACCCAACCGUAAAGACUCCGACGCCUCGAGUCGACAGAUGUUAACUGCCUCGGAAGUUACUGAGAGACGAACAGCUCGAAAGCUUCUCGCAUCUAAACGGGUUGAUCUGGAGGAGGCUGUAGAACGGAGGGCGUGUGAGAGUGUUUAUGAGAAGAUCUGGAGACAUAAGAGCACCUUGGAUGAGGUUAGAGACGAAAAGCUGCGCUCAAAGACGGCAGCCCUGCUCCUGGUUGGCAUCAACCUGGAGGAGCUUGGAGUUGAUAUUGACAUUGCCACAAUUGAUGAAAAGAGUCAAAAAGAAGCCGAUGACUGUUUCUCAACUGCCCGCGGUUGUCUUGAGAAGAUGAACGAAGAAAAAUACCCACUGGGGAAGCUUCGGCAUCUUGCUGCUGCCCAUAAGGCAAUCGUGGAUGCGUUGACUAAACUACUGCCUUCCUCUUCCUCAGCUGACGAGAUUCUACCAGCUUUGAUCUAUACACUCGUCACCUGUCCGCCGGAGGGCAUCAACAUCAUUAGCAAUCUCUCGUUUGUUCAACGCUUCAGGGCUGCGAGUAAGGUCGAUGGUGAAACUGCAUAUUGCUUAACCAAUCUUGAGGCAGCCAUCAGCUUCCUCGAGAAUGUGGAUCUCACCGAACUUCGUGCCGACGGGGCGGUCGAGGGGCAGACUAAGAUUGCCAAUAGUGAAGCCGCAUCACUUACUGAAAAUGUCCAACCCAGUCAGCCGGUUACGGAGGAGCCAACAUCAUCUAUGUCGUCUGUAACUGCAUCUGCAGAUCCUCCAAAGCCGAUUGGGAAGGAACCGUCAAGUACGCUACCCCCACCAGGUCCAGCACCGACUCAGCAAGGACGCCUCAAUACACUCUUUCAGCCUCCAGCUAAGGUACUUGGGGCUGCUAAUGACGCCGUCCGUAACACUGCCGAUCAGGGAUUGAAGAAUAUUAGCGCCACGCUAGACAGCAGUUUCAACUUCCUGUUUGGCCGUCUCAAAGAGCUCCAAUCGAACCAGAUUCCUUCUCAAGAUGGAACAGCCUCCGUUCUACCGAAAACUUUGGCGGAGGCGAGACAACUCGUCACAUCCACUGACAAUACUCAGUCAAGUAAAGAGGCAGAUAGUGGGAAAGAGCCAAUCAUAGAGCAGUCUCGCCUGAGACGCAUUGGCUCCAGAGCAGAAGAUACAUUCAGCGGGCUAGUCAGUGGGCAACGGACGCCUCGUGACCGAAGUGCAGAUAGUGUGAGAACACAGGGCUCUCGGGCAUCUCUAGCCGCUUCGAGCUUAUCAAACGAAAACCGAGCACCUAGUUCAAGCUCCUCAUUGCCGAUUCCGACGCCUUUAGAAUCUAUGAGGAACUUUGGAAACACCCUAAAUCCACUCAACCAUAUUCCCGGAAUGAUAAGAGGCUUUGGUCGUGCCACUCCAGAAUCGUCGGCUUUGCCAUCUCCAGCUCUUCCAGACCGAAAUAAAGGUCCGUCGACAACCCGCGAAGCCAGGAUCGAUCCGCCAAUCCAGCGUUUUCUUCAAACACAGAACGCGAAUGAUCUUACUAUCGGAGAUGUCAGCGUAUUACUGGAAGAUUAUAAGCGGAUCGCCGCCGCACUAUCGAAACAGAUCUCGACUUUCAAAUAAUGUUCUCUGCCACCGUUGAAGACAGAAUGGUGCAGGCUUUGAUCAUCUCCCAGCCUAUUUCAUUCACCUGUCUCCUCAAGCCUGAUUUGUAUAGCAUGAUUUUAAUAUUCCAUGAACACUGCUGGUCUCAGUGGUUCGGGUUUCAUUUCCAGCAUCGACAAGGUAGGGACAUUUUGGCAUAGAUUGGAGUUAUAGCAUUGUCCUUACAACAAAUUUACUGCUUCAAAGGGGUAUAUUACACCGCUAAUACCUAGAACAAUCAAUGAUAAAUGAAUCAUAUCAACACUUGAAAUAGUCAUUUCACAGUGGUAGAAUGGUCGUCUCACAUGGCCCAGCGGCUCUAGAUUUAGCCCACACAAACAUGUAAUGAUUAAGAAAAGAAUAAUCGUGACCAGGCACGAGCUCGCAAGACAACAAACAGAAACCCAGAUCCAACCGUAAUCAAGGCGAACGGCCACGCAAAACCUCAGCGCCACCCGCCCUCAUCUCCUCAAACUUCGAAGAAAGCUCAGCAGACUGCUCCUCAACAAGCUCAUUUCGCCUCCUAACCUCAGCCUCGAAUACAGCCGCGGUCUUCCUCCGCGCAUGGCGCAGGUCCUUCAUGUUCGUCAUCAUCUUGCUAAACUGCUCGACGAGCACAUCACCACACUCCUCCCACUCAUUCAUUGAUAGCUUGGAGAAGUACUGCCCCCGCUCUUCUUCGGAGAGACGCAGGAGGAACGAGAUUUUGUCUUCAUCCUUGCCCUUCUCAGGCGGGAGCUUAGGGUCCGCUUCCUUCGCCGGUGCGGGUUUGGAGGCAGUGGGCGUAGGUGUCUUGUCGAAGGGUUCCGCCUGUAGUUCGGCGAAGGACUUUGUGCAGAGGAUUUCGGGCGGGUAGUCGGGUUCCAGCUGGCGCUUUUUGGUAUGCUGUGGAGUACUUGUGUCUAUUUCGACGCGCUUCAUGGAUGCGCGCCGCGAGAAGGGGUCGUUCAUGGAGGAGUCGUUUUCGAGGUCGUCGAAGUUUGUCAUGUCAAAGACGUUGAGCGACUGCAUACUCUCAGGGCGGAGUGUGUCCUCUGUUGUGAAGAGGCCUAGGCCAUCGUCUGUGUCCCGGAGGUUGUCGAUGGCCCUGCUGAUCUCCUUUUCGCGUUCUCGCUCCUUUCGUGAGUGGCUUCUUGUAAGGCCGGGACUGCGUCGGGUGGGAGUUAGGUCGAGCUGUUCGAGGAGAGAGGGCUUUGGAGGACUGAAUCUAGUCCUAGGGGUUGCGGUCAUGCUCCGUGUGAGCAGGACCUUUCUGCUACUGGCAGGAAGAGCCUUUGGGGCAGAUGCUAUGGGAAUAUAAGACGGGUUUUUCAAAGGUUCUCCUUGGGGACCAGUAUCAGUUGACUGGUAUGUAUUCCGGCUAGCAGCCCAGAAGCUCUGGAGGCGUCUGCUGAGAGGCUCAUCCGUAGUACGGUAUCUAGGUACGUAGCGCUGAUCAUCUGUAUCAUUCGACAGCUCGUCAUCGCCAGCCGUAGAAGUAAGCUGGCUUGCAUUGUCCGCAUCGUCCAAGUCAAAACCAGCGGAUUUCAGUGCCUUAUCGCCCAGACCCUCGUACCACUUAGAGUCGUGAGUACGGCGGGCAUUGCGAAACUGACGCGGUGCAGACGGGGAUGGAGAUGGAGAUGGAGAUGUCUGUGGUUGGCGUUGCUGGGCGUCCAGCGGCUGGACAGCUGGAUUAAGAUUCGGUGCAGGCGAAAAUCGAUACGGCAUUUCAUCGAUGCCGAUUACACUAGUGGCGGCAAUGGUUGAUUCAUCAAUCCCCUCGACGUCGGUGUCAAACGCAUCUCUGUGAACACGUUUCUCAUUCUGGCCGUGCAGGGGUUCCUUGGACGGCGAGCCAUAUCGCUCCACUGGACCUUGCCGGUUGGCUGAUAUGGGCACAGGCGCAACCAAAGUUGUGGAUGGAAUCUCAAUUCUUGCCUGCUCAGCUAGAGCCUGUCUUGAUUGACUCGUUGGCUCAUUUGCGCGAGGCUGGGGCGGGCGAUUUUCCUUGGAGUGCACAUAGUCCCCCACACCCAUGUUGGAUUGAGUUUAGGCUGGAUGCGGGGAGAAAAGGUGAAGAAUGUGCCAAUAAUGCGGGAUUAAGUCAUUGGGUACGUGGAAUUGAUGGACCGAUCUCGUAGUUUCCAAUUGGUCUUUUGUGGAUUGUGUUGUACUCUAGCUGAGAGAGUUUGUUUCUGGAGGUGUUUAAAUUUCAUGUCGACGC